AUGGCCACCUCUUCACCUGUCCCACCACCACAGCCAGCAACGAACAAGUCCCAGAUGAACCCGCUUCCACCAUCUGUUUUUACUCUGCCUCAAACCGCCCAACUGGAGGCCCUCUACACUAUCAUUCGCUCAAAGGAAACCAGUCGUGGGGACUUUCUAUUUUAUUCAGAUCGCAUCAUCCGCCUACUCGUGGAGGAAGGUUUGAACCAUCUGCCUGUGGUCAAGAAGGUCGUCGAAACUCCGACUGGAGCAACUUACGAGGGAGUAGGCUUCGAGGGAAAGAUUUGCGGCGUGUCGAUACUGCGAGCGGGUGAGGCUAUGGAAGCCGGACUGAGAGAAGUCUGUCGCAGUGUCCGCAUUGGCAAGAUCUUGAUCCAACGGGACGAAGAAACUGCUCUCCCCAAGCUCUUUUAUUCCAAAUUCCCUCAAGACAUUGCCUCACGUUAUGUGCUCCUUCUCGAUCCCAUGUUAGGCAAGGGGCGAGUUCCAACUGGUGGCUCAGCGAUCAAGGCCAUUGAAGUCCUCAUGGAAAACGGUGUUCCCGAAGAACGUAUCAUCUUCAUCAACCUGAUUUCUGCACCGGAAGGGUUGCGCAACUUCUGCGGCAAGUACCCUCUUGUCAAAGUCAUUACGGGCUGGAUCGAUCAAGGUCUAAACGAGAAGGCCUAUAUUAUCCCCGGACUGGGUGACUUCGGCGAAAGGAGGUAG